AGCGCUCGGGCCGGACAGCGCAUGUGCACAGUUUGUUUUUAGCCUUUGUUGAAACUAAAGUGGACAUGGGACAGGGUUGAGCUGGAGAGAGCAAAGAGGAGUGCACACAGGAGAGAGGGGGGAUUGUCAUCUGGAAAGUGUCCCACUUUCCCACCAUUUUGGAAAAUAUGGGUCACCUAUUUUCAGCUCGGUAGUGGCACCGUGGCUCAUUCUGAGCUCUACUAAACUGCUGCAAAUGUCAGCGCAAAGCCCAAGCAAUAGAAGAAGGAAGAAGGAGAUACACCAGUGUGGCUGAAGGAGCAACCAGCAUCUGUGUGAGCAAUGGAGGCGCAGGAGAUAACAGAGGUGACUGACAUGAUAGAAAUGGCUGAUCUAAUAGAGGUGAGUGAUGAGAUCAAAAGUCAAAAUGGACAGAAUCAGGAAGAGGAACCAAAAGCAAGGAAGAGGAAACAAUUCAACAAAUGGAGUGAGGAGGGUAUGGAAGCUGCCAUAAACCAAUACCGCCAAGAGCUAGAGUCUGGAAAACAUCCCAGAUUGCGCUUUUUGGCCAAAACUUGGAAUGUCCCCAGGUCAACUCUGCAAAGGCGUGUGAAAGGAGUAGUCUGUGGAUCCCAACAUGCUGCUGCUGGGAGGAAAGCCUUUCUGCCUCCUGAAGCUGAGAAAGACCUCGCCAACACUCUGAUAUCACUGUUAGAACAAGGGGUUCCUCUAAGACCCUCCAAUGUCAGGGCUGUUGCCUUCCAAUACGCCAAGAUAAAUGGCAUCCAGGGAUUCUCUGAAACAAAGGAGAGAGCAGGAUUCUACUGGUUUAAGGGUUUCUUGAAACGAAAUCCAAACCUGAGGUUCAAAAUGUCCAAAAGUCUUUCAAAUGUAAAUGGUAACAGUCUAUUAGAAACAACAGAAAUGAGGGAAAAAAGAACAACAACAGAAGAGGCUGAGGACAUAGAAAGUCGAAAUGUACAGAGUCAAGCAAGAAAGAGGAAACAAUUGAAUACAUGGAGUGAGGAGAGCAUGGAAGCUGCUAUACACCAGUACCAGCAAGAGCUAGAAUCUGGAAAACAACCAAGAGUACGUCCUUUAGCAAAAAUGUGGAAUGUUCCCAGAACGACUCUGCAAAGAAGGGUAAAAGAAAUGGUCAAUGGAUUCCACCAAAUGUUUUUUUCUGAUGUUUCUGAUGAUAACAAUAGCUUCUCAUUGGAAACAACAGAAAUGCUGGAUGAUGAAACAACAGAGGUGACUGAGGAGAUAGAAAGUCAAUAUGAACAAGAUCAGGAUGAGCAGCCUAAAGCAAUGACAAGUAAACAAUUCAACAAUUGGAGUGAGGACAAUUAUUUAACAGAAAAAACAUUCAAAGUGCACAAGGGAAUAGAAAGUGAAACUGGACAGUGUCAGGAAGACCAAGCAAAAGCAAGGAAGAGGAAACAAUUGAAUACAUGGAAUGAGGAGAAUAUGGAGGCUGCAAUAAGCCAGUACCAGCAAGAUGUAGAUUCUGGAAGACAACCAAGACUACGUCCUUUAGCAAAAAUUUUUAAUGUUCCCAGAACGACUCUGCAAAGGCGAGUAAAAGAAGUGGUCAGUAGAUUCCACUGUACUACUAAGAGGACUGCUUUACAGCAUCAUGAUACUGAAAAAGAUGACUACAAAAAUUUUUUAGAAGUACAUGAGGAGAUAGAAAGUGAAAAUGGACAGGGUCAAGAAGAGCAGCUCAACAGAUGGAGUGAGGUGAAAAUGGAGGCUUCUCUGAAACAGUACCAGCAAGAGGUAGAGUCUGGAGGAGAACCAAAUUUAUGCCCACUGGCUCUGCAACGGCAGGUGAAAGGAGUGGUCGGUGGAUUCCGACAUGCUAAUGCUGAGAGAAAGUCCUUAUUUCCUCCUGAAGCUGAAAAAGACCUUGCAAACUCGCUGUUAUCACUGGCCGAACAAGGAUUCCCUCUGACGCCCACAGAGGUCCGGAUUAUGGCGUUCCAGUAUGCCAGGGCAAAUGGCAUCCCAGGAUUCUCCGAGGAUACAGACAAAAUGGGAUCCUACUGGUUUAAGGGUUUCAUGAAACGAAAUCCAAACUUGCUCUCCAAGAUAUCCAAAGGUCUUUCGAAUGGUAAUGACCACCUGGAAAUAGAAUCCGUAGAACAAACAGUGGUACAGCUGGAUGAGGAGAUGGAAAGUGAAACUGUACAGAGACAAGAAGGGGAAUCAAAAGAAAGGAAUAGGAAACAACAUAAGACAUGGUGUAGGGAGAAAAUGGAAGCUGCCAUAAACCAGUACCGCCAAGAGCUAGAGUCUGGAAAAAAGGCAAAAGUACGUUUGCUGGCAAGGACUUGGAAAGUCCCUAGAACAACAUUGCAAAGGCGAUUAAAAUCAGUGGUCACUGGAUACCAACAAACGGCUGGAAGCAUGGCUUUGCUGCCUCCUGAAGCUGAAAAAGACCUUGCAAACACAGUUAUGUUAAUGGAUGAACAAGGAUUCCCUCCAACUCCCACUGAUGUCCAGAUGAUGGCCUUUCAGUAUGCCAAGGCAAACAGCAUUCCAGCAUUUUGUCAGGCAAAAGAGAAAGCAGAGUUGCAAUGGUUUAAUCCAGACAUGUGCCUUAAAAUGUCUGAGGAGCUUUCGGAUAUCUCUGAUGUUAACCGUAACUACCCAUUAGAAAGUACAGAAGUGGUAGGACAAGAAACAACUAAGGUGGCUGAGGAAAUUGAAAGUGAAGAUCAGGAUGAGCAGCUUAAAGCAAGGAAAUGGAGUGAGAAGAGAAUGGAAGCUGCAAUUAACCAGUACCAGCAAGAAUUACAGUUUGGGAAAAAAGCAAAAGUACGCCUGUUGGCAAGAACUUGGAAGGUCCCUAGAUCUACUCUGCAAAGGCGAGUGAAAGGAGGAGUUCGACGAGUCUGUCAUGACACUGAGAGAAAGGCCUUAUUUCCUCCUGAAGCUGAAAAAGACCUUGCAAACUCGCUGGUAUCACUGUCCAAACAAGGACUCUCUCUAACCCCGACUGUUGUCCGAACUAUGGCUUACAAGUAUGCCAAGGCAAAUGGCAUCUCAGGAUUCUCUGAGGCAAAAGAAAAAGCAGGAUACUACUGGUUUAAGGGUUUCAUGAAACGGAAUCCAGAGGUGUCCCUUAAGAUGUCUCAAGAGCUUUCUCAUAUCAGUAGCAGCCCAUUAGCAAUGACAGAAAAGGUGGAACCAAACCCAACAGAUACAGUUACUGAGGAGAUAGAAGGUCAAAAUGAACAAGAGCAGGAUGAGCAACCCAAAGCAAGAAAAGGGAAACAAUUCAACAAAUGGAGCGAAGAGGGAAUGGAGUCUGCAAUAAACCAGUACCAGCUCGAGUUAGAGUCUGGAAUAAAUCCACAUGUACGCCGGUUGGCAAGAAUCUGGAAAGUCCCUAGAUCAACUCUGCAAAGGCGACUGAAAGGAGGAGUCAGAGGAUCCCGCCUCGCUGCUGGGAGGAAGGCUUUACUGACUCCUGAAGCUGAAAAAGAUCUUUUGAACUCACUGACAUCACUGUCCGAACAAGGAGUUCCUCUAACACCUACUGUUGUCCGAACUAUGGCCUUCCAGUAUGCCAAGGCAAAUGGCAUCUCGGGAUUCUCUGAGACUAAAGGAAAAGCAGGAUUCUACUGGUUUAAGGGUUUUAGUAAACGCAAUCCAAAUGUGUGCCUCAAUAUGUCUGGGGAUCUUUCUGAUGUUAACAGUGACUGUUCAUUAGAAACAGAAACAAAAGAAGUGAUAGGACAAGAAAUAACAGAGGUGCCUGAAGAGAUACAAAGUCAAAAUGAAAAAGAUCAGGAUGAGCAACCUGAAGAAAGGAAAAGAAAACAAUUCAACAAAUGGAAUGAGGAAAGAAUGGAGGCUGCAAUAAACCAGUACCAGCUAGAGUUAUAUUCUGGAAAGUCACCAAAAGUUCGCCUUUUGGCAAAAAUGUGGAAUGUGCCCAGAUCGACUCUGCAAAGACGAGUGAAAGGAGUGUUCAGUGGAUUCCAUGCUGCUGCUGGGGGUAAGGCCUUACUGUCUCCUGAAGCUGAAAAAGACCUUGUAAACACCCCUGUAUUGCUCUCUGAACAAGGAUUACCUCUAAAGCCUACCAAUAUCCAAACGUUGGCCUUCCAGUAUGCCAAGGUAAAUGGAAUCCCAGAAUUCUCAGAGGAAAAGGAGAAAGCAGGACUGUACUGGUCGACGAAUUUCAUGAAACAGAAUUCAGAUGUUUGUACUGAAAUGUCUGGAGGAAUAUCAAAAUGUAAUGACCUCCAAAAUUAUGAGGCCUUACUGACCACCUUGGGCAUCACAGAUAUUCCAUCACAUAUCUGGUGUUGUGAUGAGAUAAACUUGCAGGACAACUUUUCUUGUGAGGAGACACCUGAAAAGGCCACUAUACUUGCAGGGUUUAAUGCUGCUGGAACAUUUACCCCCACAGUAGUCGUUUUAAAAGAACAGACUUUAGACAAGGUUUGGUUUUAUGGCUUGGACAACAAUGUGCUUGCACGGGUAUCAGAGGAUGGGUUGAUCAAUGCCAAGGUUCUCAGUGAGUGGGGGCAGGUUUUUGUGUCCAACUUGCCAAAAGAUGACAAAUUUCCACAUCUCCUGCUUGUGAAUGGUCCCUGCAGUCAACUCUUCAGUGCAGACCUUCUUAACUACCUGAACGAACACAGUGUUUAUGUGAUGACCAGCCCUGUACAAACCAGCCAACAGUCCCAGGCAGUACACCAGGUUUUGUUCAGGAGUUUACAGGAGAACUGGUCCAAAGCAAAUCAGGAGUGGAGUAGGGACACCUUUGGAAUGACAAUGUCCAGCAUAUUUUUUUUUUCACUGUUUCUUGAGGCCUGGAGGAAAAGUUCGACUGUUGAAAAUGCCCAAGCUGGGUUCAGGGAUUCAGGAAUGUAUCCAGUUAUGAAAAAACAAACUGUUGGUGCAGAUUGUGCUGAUGACAAUGAAAUCAAAAGACUAAACAAUCCGGAGCAAGAACUGCUCAGUCUGCUGCAAGUGUCUGACUACAUGGAAGUUAGAAUCGAGAGACUGUCUCCAUUAAUCAGAGCAGUCCGGGUCGACGCGAGCAUGGCAGCCGUGGCCGGGAAGAAGACCAAGAAGCCCGAAGAGGAGGAGACCCCCGCAGCCCCCGCAGCCCCCGCAGCCCCAGAGGCUGCAGCCGAGGCUCCCGCACCAGAGGGUGCUGAGGAGGAAGAGGAGGAGUACGUGGUGGAGAAGGUGCUGGACCGCCGUGUGCACAAGGGCCGCGUUGAGUUCCUGCUCAAGUGGAAGGGCUUCUCUGAUGAGGACAACACAUGGGAGCCCCAGGACAACCUGGACUGUCCUGACCUGAUCGCAGAGUACAUGGAGAAGCACCACAAGGAGAAGGAGGACAAGAAGAAAGAGGGCAAGAGGAAGUCUACAGCCAGCACUGGAGAUGCUGAGGAGAAGGCCAGCAAGAAGAAGAAAGAGGAAGGAGAGAAGGCACGAGGGUUCGGUCGAGGUCUCCAGCCAGAGAGGAUCAUCGGGGCCACAGACUCCAGUGGAGAGCUCAUGUUCCUCAUGAAAUGGAAAAACUCUGAUGAGGCCGACUUGGUGCCAGCGAAGGAGGCAAACGUCAAGUGUCCACAGGUGGUGAUCUCCUUCUACGAGGAGCGCCUCACCUGGCACUCAUACCCCAGUGAGGAGGAGGAGAAGAAGGAGGAGGAGAAGAAGGACUGAGAGCCCUCUCGUGAUACUGGUCAGCAAAAGAUAGCGCCCACAGUGUACAGACUAACCCCUGUCUAAAUCUGAGCCCUCAAUCUGCUCUGAGGUCUCAGAAUCCUCACGUUUCGCUCAUCGCUGUAACCAGGCCAACAGUCCUAAAGCUGUACAGAGUUAGUGUGGACAGUGUGGGGGCGUCUGGCGUCUAUAAAAAAAAAAGGUGUCAAUUUGUCAAAGCAUUUAGUAUUUUAACCCGAGCUGUUUUGAGUGCAACAAGUCCACUUCAAUUUGUAUGGAAUUUUGAAUGUAAAAGACUGGCAUUGGCUACUGUUUUCUACCGCAAAAGGAUUUGGGAAUGGAUUUUAGUAUCCUGGCUGAAUCAUGGAGGUCAGUGAAGGUGGAGCUCAUUUUAACUUUUAAGAUUUUACAUUUGUAACUUUCUUUGUUUAGUUGAAUUCCAGAGUCAAGAAUUGUCAGGUAAAAAUUGCAACACCAAAUCUCAGUAUUUGCAUUUAAGUUUGAGAUAUGGACAUCUCCGAGCACAAGGGGGCAGCGGCAGUCUCUGAUACGCCUGUUCUUGAAAUUGGGAUCAUUAAACUGAAGGACAGUGAUUUGCAGUGGACAAUGAUUUGCAAUGGACAAAAAUGAUUUUUAAAAUUACGUUCAUAAUCAUCGCUAUGGAUAUGGUAAAAGUAUGCACCUCUGUGACUCCGCCUGUCAGAACGUAUAUAUAUGUAUGUAUAUGUAGUCAUAGCCAGGAUACUGCACUCCAUUCAAACACACGAGCCGUGAGUGGGUCUGAAAUGGUUAAAGUAAAUGUGAAGACUCGUCAUUAAAGGUAUCAAUUCAACAUUAAAGGAGACCUAUUGUGCAAAAGCAGCUUACAUUUUACUAGCCUUUAAAGCUUUUUUUUUUUACCUUCCUACCAUUUUUAUCAAAAACAUGGCUGAGGUGUUUUUAUGUCAUCCAGGCAUGUUUGAGUUAUCUAGCGAUCUUUCUUGAGCCAUAUUCAAUAUCUCCUUACGGUUAUCAGCACGAUCCUAUGUAAAGCUCAGCCGACAAGAACUCAUCCAUGGUCCCAGCAAUCAGGAUACAAAGCGAUACUCUACAACUUCAUGAACCUGAUGCAAUUUGCAGUAGUUUCAUUAGCGGGAUGCACGCUGAUUGUAUUGUGAUGGCUCUCUGAAGGGUUAGUGACUUAACACGGAGAACAAAUGACUAAGAACAUGAAAAACAAAACUGAAAUUUAUAUAACAUGUUAAUACGCUAUUUUCAGUGAAUUUUCAAAACAAGAGGUCACAUGAUCCAAGUAUGUUGUGUUGGCAAUGAUAGAAGUGUAAUACUCCCCUCUUUAACAAGGUUUCCUCAUAAUAAACAGUAAUUUCAUAGGAGAAAUUAGCAACAUUUUGAAUUAUAACACAUUAAAAACAAUGGGUCUCCUUUGAUGUCCUCCCAUUAAUUAUAAUCUCUUUCUAUAGAGACAGUUAUUAUUUCCGCUGUAUUUCAGGCUGCUACACACGGGCAACAUUCAAAGACGUCUGUGUUAAUCGUACUUGUUGUGUGCUCAUAGAAUGUUCCAUGUUAGCAAGCGUUCAAUCAGAAGUGUAUUUUUGCUAUUUGCGAGCGUCGUUUUUGAAUGUUGCCUCGUCAGUGGUCGGCCAUUUUCUUUGUGUGUUCUUGUGUUGCAUGAUGACGAACUAGACGCACCUUCGCACAUCAUGGCUCUUUCAAAUGUAUUUUUCACAGUACAAAAUGGCGGACAGGCGUACCCCGAAAGUCAUGGCGGUUUAAUUAGUAUUUUAGAUCUUUAUACAGUGUUUUAUGUCAGUUAUAUUUGGCGCCUUUCUUUUUCAGUGCUGUAUCGUAGCUUAGUUCACUUUUCUAUUUGCUCUCCAACAUUGUACGUAGUUUAGCCCGUGUUGUCCCAUUGCAUGUUCUUUGGUUCAUUUAGCUAAGGUCUCAAAGUUGAUUCUACAAUAAAGUAUUUUUUGUUUUCGUAA